AUGUUCAAAGUUCUAUUCUUUUUAUUUGCGACCGUUUUUGUGGUUCACGCCAAACAUGAAGAAUACAUAGGUUAUACGUUAUACGGAGUGACCGUAUACGAUCGGGACCAAAAUGACCAGUUGAUGGACAUAGUGGAACGUUACACAUUGGACGUGUGGUCUUACGCCAGCCUUGAGACUGAGGGUCUCAUCCUGGUGGCUCCGGAACUGAAGCCAGUGUUCGAAGAUGAAAUCACUUCCAUCGGCGUCACUUAUAGAAUAGACACGGACAAUAUUAAAGAAAAGUUGGACUUGGAAGACUUUCUACUGGCUGAAGCUGCGAGAAAAAGCAACAGCAGUAGAUCAGAGAGAUUUGGCAUAUCGUUUGACGAAAUCCACCGGUGGGCUGUGGUAGACAGAUUCCUCGGAGACGUAGCCAGCAGGUUCCCUAGGCUCGCAACAGUUGUCAACGCAGGAAGGAGUGUGGAAGGCCGGAAUAUUAGGUAUUUGAGAAUAUCCUCAAACAACUUUGCUACGAGAACCAAGCCGAUCAUUGUGAUCCAAUGCAUGCUGCAUGCCCGUGAGUGGGUCACCCUGCCAGUGGCUCUGUGGGCCAUCCAGGAGUUGGUGAUCAACAGCAACAGCAACCAGGACCUGAUCAGAGACAUCGACUGGAUCGUUCUACCCAUCGCUAACCCUGAUGGAUACGAAUUUUCCCAUACGCGUACCCGAAUGUGGAGGAAGAAUCGACGAACUGGCUUCACCCCCUCCAAUUGCAUUGGCGUGGACCUCAACAGGAACUUCAACCACAAUUGGGGAACUGCUUCCAGCAACAACCCAUGCAGUGACACCUUCCACGGCCCAAGAGCAUUCUCCGAACCAGAAUCUGUCGUCACGAGGAACAUUCUAUCUGAAUUCAGAACCAGAAUAGCUAUGUUCCUGGAUGUUCACAGCUUCGGAAGCUUAAUCCUCUACGGCUUCGCCAACAGGCAGUUGCCACCAAACCAACCGAUGUUAAACAGAGUUGGCAACGACAUGGCGCGAAGAAUCGACGCAGUCAAAUGGCCACAGAAUAGAAACUAUAGAGUUGGCAACAGCGCUACCAUUCUGUACACAGCUUCGGGCGUCUGUGGUGAUUACGCUCAAGUAGCUAUUGGUACUGGCCUUUCGUAUACAUAUGAGUUGCCAGCUCAUAGAAACCUAAACAAUAUUAAUGGUUUCUUGGUCGACCCUGCGUUCAUUCGUCAAGCUGGUUUCGAAACCUGGGAAGGUAUCAAGGUGGCUGCCCGCUUCAUUGCUCGCAGAUGAUCAAAUCUAUGAAGAUAUUAUGGCUACGG